AUUUUUAAUUAAUAUUUCCAAUUUUCGCACAAAGGCACGUCGAAGCAAAUCACUUUGUUGACUGAAAUUCGUGUAAAAUAAUAUUCUAUACGUUUGAACACUUUUAAAAAUACUAGCUACGUAGAUGAACGGAUAAGAAUAUAGAAAAUAAACCUAGUUGGUAAGUUUUUAUUGUUGACGACAUAAUUUAUGCGGUCACGAAGCAUGGUUUCAGGUCGCACAUUGAAGAUACUUUAUUCGAAAAUUUUACACUUUUAGUCGGCUUAAACUCAUUUUUAAUAUUAUCAUUCGUUAUAGAAUUUAAUACUGUAUCCUGAGCACAUAAUAUUUACUCGGUAUAUAAUAUAAUUUUCAUAUUAUGGAGCUUUUUCGCUGUCGCUUCCUUGUUUGUUUUCCCGCUUCGUUUCAUUUGAGGUUGGCUAUGGCGUGUUCGUCUUGCACAUAAAAAUCAGACAUGCUCAUUUUCUAUUAAACGGUAUUAAAUAUAAUGAGGAACGUUUAAUAAGAAUAUAGUUAUUGGGGAUUUAAUAUGCAUUUUGGGGCAAGUAGAAAUGUAGAAUAUUUGAAGAUAAGUUGUAGAAGACACGAGGUGUAAGUAUUUGUAUCAAUAGACUAAUUAAGGGCCUGUUUAUAUGGAGGCGAGUUACCCGGCAAGGCAAGUUACUCGUCAAAGGCGAGAUCCCGGCUAUUAUAAAAAAUUAUAGUAAUCCCGGGUGACUGUUUACAUGAUGCAGCCGAGUAACUUGCCUUGGCGAGUUCCCGGCAGAAAGAGGCGGGAUAUCGCUUAGGCGGGAUGAAUAUAUUAUCAUGUAAACACUUUGUCCGGGUAACUCGGCCGCCCGAGAUAGAAUGUAUGUGCUUUGCAUUUGAAAUUGAAUAGCUCAAAAUAGAUAAGUUUUCCUGAAUUUCUCGGCGCUUAUCCUUUUUGUGUUUUGGUGCCAUUUAGGCAUCAUGCGGCACAAUCAUGCAGCAAAUGCUGAGUAACUCGAUUCCAUAUAAACAGAGCGCUUGUUUGUCCCACCUGGGCGAGCAACUUGCCUUGCCAGGUAACUCACUGCCAUACAAACAGGCCCUAAUAAACUUGCCUUGCCAGGUAACUCACUGCCAUAUAAACAGGCCCUAAUAAGGCAGACUAACGUGCAAGACUCGCAAAACUAACAUGUGAGACGUAGAAAGAUUGCAUUUUUGUUUAAAUAUUGACUUAAAACGUUGUUUGCAGUUAUUUUUGGGUGGAUUAUGCUUACAUUAUAUAAGAGAUAACAUUGUGUUUGAUAUUAUGCACUAAUCAAUUGAACACCCGGGACCAGGUGGGGGAUUUAACAUUUUGACAGUGUUAAAUAUUGGUAUUUUCCCUGCUACCCGGAGAAUAUUGACUGUAAAAGUUGCCACCCCUAUGUGCAUGCAUUUAUAAAAUACUUUCUCUGACUGCAAAGAUUCUGCCUUGUUCCCACGAGGAUAAACUUGUUCCAGUCCACUUUUGUUCCAGCCAAGCAUUUAAGUCCCGGCUACCUAAUCCCCUUGAAUUAUAGAUUCGUUAUUCACCCUAUAGCUCAGGGGAAAUGCUACAUUAAAUAUGUGUUAAUCCACGGCCCUGUCCCCGUUAAUUCCCCGCCCUGUUGACUAGUGCAUUAUGUGUAAAGUUUUAAAAUUUGGUCCAUACAAAUGGUCAGUGUAGGUAUUGCCAAUAAUAAAUUAAGGUUCACAUGACAAAAAAAUAAACCAGUCAGGUGGAUUCAGUCAAAUGUAAAUCACAUUAGAGAAUAUUUUAAUACAAAUAUACAGAAAACUACAACACAUACAAAUAUCAGAUAAUUAUAUAAGUGAUUAUAAUUGAUUUUUGACAGAUUUUUGCUAUACCAAAAUAUCUAGCAUGUUUUGUAACUCUCUGUUAGAGAUUAAAUUUAGUUGUUUCUACUUUCAGUUGAAAUUUGUACAAUCACAAAUACAGCCACUAGCAAGAAAAUGAUGAGACAGCAUGGCAAUUAUAUGCUUUGUAUGGGCAAGGUGAAAUUGGCUGUUUUGCUUGAAAAUUGCUUAAAAGAUGUUCCAAGGAGUGAUCAAGAACUUGACAAAGGUUGCAAGCAAGAUCUAUCAUCAAGUAUCUCCACAGACAAACAACUCUUAUCAAAAACCUUGCAGACAACAACAAAUGUGGAGCUGGCCUCUUUCAUAAAUUGUCACAAUGAAAAUGUAUCCAUUUCUGACCAAAUUUCAUCUAAUGAAGAAGACUAUGUAUUAUGUUCUGACCAAAUUGAACCUGCCACACAAACUUUGAGUCUAGCAGAGUCUUUGUUGUUGGACUUGCCAAUUCCAAGCACAAUUGACAAGGACAAAGUGACAAAAGGCAGCGUGAUGGGAGAUGAUUUGUUGUGCUGGGAAAAACUUGCUGAGCCACAUGUGUGUGAAGUCAAAACACCUCUUACCAGUGGAAACAGUAGUGUGGUGGAUUUAGAUUUAACUCCGCCAAGUAGUGUUACAUCAAGGAGCUUAUUUGAAGACGAUAGAUCAACCUCUUUUGAGGAUAGUUUCGCACUUGCUUUUGAUAUGCUGCCUGACGAAACUGCUAAAGUCAACACUGACAAGAAAAUUUUAACGUGUAAGCAUACAUGCAAAGAAUUAUGUGUUGAAAUAGUUCGUUUUGAGCCAACACUUCGCCAGUUGCAAGUUCUUCACAGACGAAAUGAAACUUCAGGAACAGGUACUUGCAACAACCGCAGAGAACGUUCCUUGAGGCCGAAGAGGAGCCUCAAGCAAUUUGUUCCAUUUAUGUUUGAGCAUGCAGAAUUUUUGAAAAAACGAAGAAAAAAAGUGCGAUCACCAAACGUUUUUUACAGUACUCCAAAAGGCGAUGACACUGAUAAUGUGAACAAAAUUAUUAAAAAGAAAACAAAUAUAAACACAAAAGUCAAAAGUGCCUGUAAAUUGCAAACUGAUAGAAAAUUUAGAAAGAAACAAUUAAAAAUGGCUCUUAAACAGACGAAAGGAAUUGAAAAGAGACAGCUAAAGUUGGUCCUACAGAAGAAGAAAGAAGCAUUAAAAUACAGAAAUAAAUUUGAAAAUGCAUUGGACAGUAUUAAUAGGCGAAUAGGUAAUCAAAACAAUUUUUGGAGAAUGCUCCCUAGGUAAGCUACCACUAACUUUAAUCACAGUUGCCUGGACAAAGGAAAGAAGAUAGUUAUAUGGAACCUCGGAUAGCUAGAUAUCACUGUUCACAUUUAGUUUGAUACAUGUCAAGAAUCCUUCAACAUUUUCCAAUUACUUAAUAGAUAAAAGCUUAACUGCUUCAUGUUGUGUAUAACCAACACAAUCAUGACCAAUCCGAUAUUUGGUCUGUUCAAAUUUUAUCAAGUAAUUGGAUAUAAUUUGUUUCUGCAAUAUUUGACGAAGUUCUCGAGCAAUGUGCUAUUUUGUUGGAUGCAUGCAUCUAUUUCACCAUACAUCGAUUAAUCAAAUGUUAAGUUUGGAAAAAGAUUAUAUGAAUGCUGCCAAAACCCGACAGGAAAAAUUUAGGGAUUAUAGAACACAGAAUUUGUAAAUUAAAUAAUAUAACGGUAGCUAUUCUUGAAUUCCGUUUGUGUGAUAAGAUUGUUGAAAAACAUUUAUUUCAUUUUAAGGCCGUUUCCAUUAACGUUCGCUUUGCCCGCGCGGGCGAAGCGUUCAUUGUUUUUGACGCCCGUCACGCCCGCGUGAGCAGAUUUUCAAAGCCCGCUCCGCCCGCGCGGGCAAAGCGACUGCAAUGGAAAGUCUAGAGGUGUGCAAAUCCGACUCGUUCGGAUUUCGGAACAAAAA